AUGGACGACGAUUCCUUGCGAUUCGUCGCCGAAGAUCGCACCGGUGAUGUCGUGCCGUCGCAUGCGAUCCUGGUCGCGAUCCUCCCACAGAAUUUCGAAGACUUGCGCGACGCUGACGCUCACGUUUCUGCUCGAGCUGCAAGCAGAGGGUCUCAGACGGUUUCUGAAUCGCGGGACGGAAGUUUCACGAGUGACACGUGGGAGGCGCGGUUGAGCCGCGGAACGGCGGAGCUCGACGCGCUGCUGGCGGAAGGCAAGGAGGAGCAGGCGCUGGCGCUCGUGAAGCGGCUCGCUGGACGAACGGGUGAAUUCAGUGAAUCCGAUGAACCUAGGGGGUCGAACGAGGCUGUGGACGGUACAGGCCCGCAAGAUGCGGACGGGAAGGUUCUGAGAGCCUUCGGUGCGGCUAGACAGGGUCCCAGGCGAUCCUACUCCCUUGAGGAGUCGACGCUGCACUAUAUAGACCCUGCUCGCAUGCUGGCGCCCAGAGACACCACUCUGGCGUCCCAUUUUUUUUUGCGCCCCUGCUCGCAUGCUAGCUGGCGAGAGCCAGUCGCUGACACCCAGCCAACACCAUCUGCUCCUCCCCAUCCCCCUUUCCCCCUCCCCGCCCCUCCUCCCUCUUAUGACCAGGUUCCCCGCCGGUCCUACACGAUAGAGGAGCUAAAGCUACACUACAUAGACCCUGCUCGCAUGCUGGCGCCCAGAGACACCACUCUCGCGGGUGUCAGGCAGGGAGGCCAGCUGGCGCUGCUCGCAGGGCUGGUUGCCACGUGGUGGGGCGAGCACCUGGACCAAUGGCAACUGCUGGGGCUGGUCAUAGGGUUACUGUUCAUCGGCACUGUAGACCAGAUUUCAACUGGUGGAGGUGGCGAGGCUCUAUUAGUGGACACCUUGGGGAAUCUGCUGAAACCCACGUAUCGCAGACGAGUUGCUCUGCACGAGGCGGGCCAUUUCCUCGUAUCCUACCUGGUGGGCAUCCCCCCACGCAGCUUCACUCUCUCCAGUCUGGACGCCUAUCAGCGCUACGGGGCGCUCAACGUGCAAGCCGGCACCACCUUUUUGGAUCUGGAUUUCCAGAAGCAGACAAGGACACGCCAAAUCAAAUCCGAUAUGCUGGAUGCCGUUUCGUGUGUGGCUCUGGCUGGAGUUUGUGCGGAGUACCUGCAAUUCGGGGUUGCAGAGGGCGGCAUUUCUGACAUUCAACAGGUUCUGGACGUGCUGGCGCAGGAGAGCGGGGCGGAUCGGCGCGGAUUAGUCGUGGAUCAGUGGAGAAAGGACGGCGGGAAGGAUGGGGGAGGGGAUGGGGGGAAAGGUGGCGGAAAGGAUGGGGGGAGUGGGCGGGUGGCGGAACGGCUGGAGCGCCUGGGGCUGACGCUGACGGGGAGGGACGUGUCGACGGUGCUGCGAGAAUCGGCGGACUGGCGCAUGACCGUGGCGUUCUUUGAUUGGGCGAGGAAACAGGUACGGCUCAGUGCAAGGAGGUUUAGCGUGAUGCAAGUCGGUGCAGUCAGGUGCCCUUUCGACCCGGUGCAUAUCACGUACGUUUAUAAUCUGGUGCUCGCGGCGAUGGGGAAGGGGCGGCUGUGUUCCCUUGCUGCCCAUGGGAUUGUAUCUUCAUCCCCUUUUCCCUCUCUUUCCUCUUCGCCUCGUCCCUUGGCCCCUGCACCGCUCUCCACCCCUGCGUUUUCAGACUUGUUUCGACCAAGCACGUACGUUUACAAUCUGGUGCUGGCGGCGCUGGGGAAGGGGCGGCAGUGGGGGCGAAUGAAGGAGCUUCUAACGGAGAUGACUCAAAAGGGGGUGGAGCUGGAUAACGUCACUUAUUCUACGAUUAUCAGCUCUGCUACACGGUAUGGCCGGCCGGGGGACGCUGUUCGUCUCUUUGAGCGCAUGAGAGCCACGAGGGCGGAUCAGCAUGAUUUGGUGCUGCAGUGGCUCGAGCAGAUGGCUGAGAGCGAGUGCAUGCCCGACCAGGUCUCCUACGCCACAGUCAUGCACGCCCUGGGGCGCGCAGGCCGGCCGGGAGAUGCUGUUCGUCUCUUUGAGCGCAUGAGAGCCACAGGGUGGCGCCCUGAUGCUGUCACCUACGCCACCAUCAUUACUGCUUUUGGAGAGGCUGGGGGACCGCAGGAGGCGUAUGAUUUGUGGAAGGAGAUGAAGAGGGUGGAUGAGGGGAUGGGGGCAUGGCGCGACCAGCAGGCCGAAAUCGUCUUUCGAACCAUGCAGCAGGACGCACACGUACCUGUUACUACAGAGGCUGUGACUAUAAUGAUGGCGCUUUACACGGAGAAGGGCGAGGUGGAGAAGGCCUUGGCUCUCGCCGAGGAGAUGCGGGAGGUUUAUCUCGCUGGCGAGGGAGCUUAUAACGAGGACGGGAGCCGGGGUUAUAACGAGGACGGGACGGCGGCCGGGAGCGGGAGGGGCGCGAGAGACGGGCCGUUUCGGCCGGACGCGACGUUUUACAGCGUGGUUUUGCAGGCGUGCCGGGAGUGUGGAUUGGUGGAGGAGGCAAGGAGGGCGUAUGCAAGCAUGAAGAGGGAUGGGGUGGUUCUCACUGAGAACAGCGUGAGGCAGCUUGCAGGGCUGUUUGCAGAGAAGGGCGGGCGGGGAGGGGAGAGGGGGGAGGCUGGCAAUGCCGGGUCGGCUGUAGCGGCAUCGGCUGUAGCAGGGUCGGCUGUAGCAGGGCUGGCUGGCAUGGAUCCGGCUGUAGCAGAGGUGGAGGCGUUACUAGCUGAUGCAAGAGCAGCCGGAAUUUACCUUGGCGGCCGUAGCAGCAUCGGUGACCGAAUCAGGGGGUCAGGUUCGGAGGAGUAUCUUGGUUUGGGCGUGGACCUGAGUGGGUUGAGUGCGGUGCCUACCAAGGCUCCUACGAUCCCUGCAACGCAAGGGAUGGUAGCUGCGAGGAAGCUUCUACUGGACUGCUUGAAAGUGGUUGACUCGCGGAUCCAUGAGCUGGUGGUGGUGGGGUUGGGGGAGGCACUAGAGAAUGAGGUAGGUGAUGAGGAAGAGGGGAGGGGAGCAGCAGUAGCAGCAGCAGCAGCAGCAGCAGCAGCAGCAGCAGAAGGCAUGCAAUCAGCAGCAAAAUCACCAGCAACAGAGCAAACCGCAGACCCUAUCACUCCCUUCACCACCUUGCUAGACCGCACCGUAGCAGGCGUGCAUCGCAGGGACCAGAAACCCCUCUGCAACAACCUCCUCUCUCUGCUCUUCCUUUUCAACCGACGCGAGCUCUCGGUCUCGGUCCUUAAAGCCAUGGUCAGCACGCGUCAGAUCGCACGGCUGUUCUCGCGCGAUUGGCCGCAUUGGACGCUCCACCUGUCAGGGUUGUCCUAUCACGGCGCACAGGUGGCGCUGCGCUAUUGGCUGGAGCUGGUCGCAGGGGCGGUGGAGGCGGGAAAGCGGUUACCGCGUGAAAUGGAGAUUGAGGUUGGGGUGGGAAGGUCGAGGAAGAGGCAUCUGAGAGGUGCGGUUGUUCCGGAGCUGGCUAGGCUCGGGUCGCCGUUCCAGAGCGAUGAGGAUCGGCCGAGGCUGUUGGUGGCCAAGGGUGCUGAGGUGGCGGCUUGGGUUAAGAAAACGCCAGAGCUGUGGAGUGGGAGGGAUGGGGGUGGGGUAGGGAGUGGGAGUGGGGAUAGGGGCGAGAAGAGGGUGGUAAGAGGGAGAUGGGAGAGGAGUGAGGGAGAGGGGUUGAAGAAUGCAAGUCUGGGGGUAGAUGGUAAGGAGAGUGAUUCUAAGGGGGUUGACAGUAACGAGGCUGAAGGUAGGGUGAGUGCUGAUUUGACAGCUGCAGAGGCUGUAGCAGUGGUGGGUAGUUUGAAGAAUGAGAAGGAAGGGGUCGGGAGUGUGGAUGAUGAGGGGAAGAAGGAAUUGGAGUCAGGUCUUGCUACCAGUAGUGCUGCUGCUGCUGCUCCUCCCGGUACCAUUGCUGCUGGUGCUGCUGUUGGCAGUACUGCGGACAGCAUUCAUGCUGACGGCACUGUUCAUCCCAGUGGGAGUGCUGGGUCUGGUGGGUCUGACACAACGCCUAAUGCGGCGGGAAAGUCGGGGAGUGCGGGGGAGGAAGAAAAUGCGGAGCCGAUUGGAGAGGUAUUGGAGAAGGAUGGGUUUAGGGCGUAUCAGAUUGCUGGGGGGGUGUGGGUGAAGGAGUGUGUGUGUGGCGAGAGGAGCUCGUCGAGGAAGCAACGAUGCCAGAACAAGGCGUGUGGGAGGCACCUGCCUACGAUGGCUCAGUUCAGAGAGAUCUAA